AGGAAAACUACGAUCGCCCUGAAGAUAAUCAAAAAUGUGGAUAAAUACCGGGAAGCUGCGAAGCUGGAGAUAAACGUUUUGAAAACCAUUUUGAAGAGUGGCUCUGACGGGGCAAGGAUGUGUGUAAGAAUGCUGGACUGGUUUGAUUAUCAUGGCCACAUGUGUAUUUGCUUUGAAAUGCUGGGACUCUCUGUGUUCGACUUCUUGAAAGAGAACAAUUAUCAUCCGUACCCGUUGUACCAAGUGAGACACAUGGCUUACCAGCUGUGCGAAGCAGUGAAUUUUUUGCACGAGAGGAAGCUCACGCACACGGACUUAAAGCCGGAAAACAUCCUCUUUCUCAAUUCCGACUACGACAUUGUGCGAUCCGGCAGAAAAAGAGAAAGCAAAGUGGUGAAGCAGUCGUGGAUCAAACUGAUCGAUUUCGGAUCAGCGACGUUCGACGACGAGUACCACUCGACUAUUGUUUCAACGAGGCAUUACCGAGCUCCUGAAGUUAUUCUGGGUUAG